AUGGGGAUCUCUGACUUGCCUUUCGUUGCUCGUGCUCAGGGCCUGAGAAAAGAUUGUCGAGACUUCGUUCGCAGCAAAGUGUUGGGUUCGAAGCUCACAGCGCCAGCCGCCGACGUCGAAACUUUGGACAAGAAUCAGGUUGCAGCAGACCCUGUUGACGCUGCCAAGCGCAAAGGGAUUACUCACAAGCGAAUUAUCAUCUGCUGCGAUGGCACCUGGCAAACUUCAGCCACGAUUCGGAAGAAUGUCCCUUCCAAUGUGACACGGCUAGCACGCUCCAUCGCUCAAACCGGGAAAGUGAACAGAAAUGGAGGCAGCGACUCUCCCGACGACGAGACAUGCCCGCAGAUUGUCUACUAUAGCUCGGGCAUAGGCACCGGUGACGGCGUCAACAUCGUCGAGAAAGCGCGCCAGGCCACCUUCGGCGACGGGCUUGCCUGCGACGUCAUUAAGGCCUAUUCAUUCAUCGUCAUGAAUUACUCUCCUCACGACGAGAUUUUCUGUUUCGGAUUCUCCCGAGGAGCUUACACGGCUCGCGCAGUAGCCGGCCUCAUCACGGACAUUGGCAUUGUCACGCCCCAGGAACUGGACGAUUUCCCGGAGCUCUACCGUAUCUACCGACAACACGACGACAACGAUAGCUUCAAGUUCCGACAGUCUGACGCGUACCGAAACUGGAUCAUGGGCGUUGAGAAGCCGCAGGUUUUGCAGGCUAGUGGAGCGGACGACAACUGGAGUCAGGUGCCGCAUGCCCUGCCUGCUGAGUAUACCAGAAUCGUCCAAGUUGUUGGCGUCUUCGACACCGUUGGCGCUUUGGGAAUCCCGUAUAUGGGCAUUACUCAGAAACUGAGCAACGAGAUCGCCAGGCGCUAUCGAUGGCUUGGCAUUGAGGAAUAUGGAUUUCACAAUCCUUCCUUGAGCAGGUAUAUCAGGCAUGCAUUCCAUGCUCUUGCUCUGGACGAUCACAAGACGGCUUUCACUCCAACUCUCUGGCGUCUUCCUGCAGAUGAUCAAAAGCUUAAACCCAGCCAGACAGCCAGGGAAGACCUUGCGAAGAAGCUAAGGCAACUCAUAGACGACCAGGCCGAAGAAGGUAGAAUUCAAAAAGCUUGGAAAGCCUUGAUAGAGCGCGAGAUGUUCGAUCAGUUGCAAGCGCUUUCUGAGCAGGAAAUCCAGCAGAGAUUGCAGGAGAAAAACCUCCCGAAGAAUAUCAGGGAGGAACUUGACCAGAAGCUCCGGCAGAAGAACGAUAAGAACCAGCCGCUGGACCUGCCGCCUGACCUUCAACAAGUUUGGUUCCCUGGCAGCCACACCAACAUUGGAGGCGGCAACCCUGGCAUUCUGAAUGGGUUACCAUUUGACUGCGAACAACUGGCACUUGUUUCCUUCGCUUGGAUGUGCGACCAAGUCAGCCCUUUCCUCGACCUCGAUGACGAAAAGAUAGAGGCAGAUGGCAGAGUUUUGUCAACGCUCGCAGAUCGCGAGAUCGAAUCGCGAAGGAAGCUUGUGGAGUUUUCCAACCAGCUUCAGGGUAUCUCCCUCAACUCAGCAAUUCAACUCGUCCGCAAGGUACUUGCACACUUCGGAGUGGUCAAUACCGGCGAAAACAACCACGAAUGGGCCUUGGGACCCAUCAUUUGGGGUAGAUCCACUAUCAAGGGGAACAUCAUUACCGACUUCUUCAUGGGCCUGGUCUUUGGCUGGCUCUUGCGCUUCUUCUUGAAAGAUAGGAGUCCAGGCAGAUAUAAGAAAUCCCACGGUCAUCAGAACGAUGUCGGGGUGACCAAUGAGCGGAUACAUCCGGCUGUGAGAUAUCGCAUGGAACACGAUGAUAAGUACAAACCAGGUGCUCUCAAAGACUUCCAACCGGAGGCAAAGAAAGGAGCGUACCGGGAGGGAAAGUACACGUACAAGUGGGCGCCGACAUUGCUGCACAAGAUGAGAAAGGAUGACUCUCCCCUUCUAGAAUACUACGUCAAGCCUGAAGAUCAGAUCUCGCGGGCAUUGGCCAAUCGAUCCAAGCUCGGAGAGAAGUUUAUCGGAAGUCUUUGA